ACUGUUUGGGUGUAGAAGCGGAAAAAUGGCAGCUGACACCGGGAGAUACCGGAGUGCAGUGUCCAAAAGCAAGGACCCUUCCAGUUUAUUAAUCUCCGUUAUAAGGACUCUGUCGAGCAGCGACGAUGUGCAGGACCGCGAGACCGAGAAGAGUCGUCUGGAGGAUGCCUACGAGAAAUGCGACCGUGAUCUGGACCAGCUCAUCGUCCAGCACUACACAGAGCUCACCACGGCCAUCCGCACCUACCAGAGCAUCACCGAGAGGAUCACUAGCUCGCGCAACAAGAUUAAACAGGUGAAGGAGAACCUGCUGUCAUGUAAGAUGCUGCUCCAUUGUAAGAGGGACGAGUUGAGGAAGCUGUGGAUCGAGGGCAUCGAGCACAAACACGUCCUGGAGCUGCUGGACGAGAUCGAGAACAUCAAGCAGGUUCCUCAGAAACUGGAGACCUGCAUGGCUAGCAAACACUACCUACAUGCUACUGAUAUGCUGGUGUCAGCAGUGGAGUCUCUGGAGGGGCCUCUGCUGCAGGUGGAGGGUCUGAGUGACCUGCGGCUGGAGCUGCACAGCAAGAAGCUCAACAUUCAUCUGGUGCUGAUCGAUGAGCUGCACCGCCACCUCUACAUCAAGUCCACCAGCCGCGUGGGCCAGAGGGGCAAGGACAAAGGACGGCUCGGAGGGUCAACGCCAAAGGACUCGUCCAUUUUGGAAGUCAGCAGUCUGUCCACUCCGAGGAAACUCACCGAGACGUCCCAGUUCAGCACUCCAACAACAUCCAGCAUUCGAGACUUGCAGGACGACCUGGACGCGGACCCAGAAGAGAACAGCGCCGAGUUCAUGGGGAUCCUCAUCAAAGCUUUGGCCAAACUUAAGAAGAUCCCCGAGACCAUUAACGCCAUCAUGGAGCGCCUGGAGCCAGAACUCAAGCAGAUCCUUAAGAGGUCCACCACCCAGAUCGCAGACCACGCCUACCAGAGAGGAGAGAGCCUGGCACAGGACAACCAGCCGAGGCUGCUACUGGAACUGCUGGAGCUGCUGUUUGACAAGUUUAACGCCGUGGCCACGGCUCACAGCAUCGUUCUGAACCAUCUGCAGCAGAUCGUUGUGUCUCCCAGUGGAGCUCGUGAGGGCAUCAAACUCUACGAGCAGGCCGACGUCUCCGCCAAGAUCCAGACCGUCCUACAGUUGCUCCUGAUGGACUACCUGGACGUGAAGAACACGCGCAGUGCAGCCGAACCCUCGGCCCAGCUCUCCUACGCCAGCACCGGCGGAGACUUCGGAGCCUUUUUCGCCAAGAAGAAACCGAUUCGACCCAAACAGUCCCUGUUCAAGUUCGAGUCGUCCUCCCACGCCAUAAGCAUGAGCGCGUACCUGCGAGAACAGCGGCGAGAACUUUACAGCAAGAGCGGAGAGCUACAAGGAGGAGCUGACGAUACCCUGAUUGAAGGAGGAGAGACCAAGUUCCUGUGUAAGCCGGGGGCCAGGAACAUCACCGUCAUCUUCCAGCCUCUGCUCAGGUUCAUUCAGGAGGUCGAGUCGAGCAUGGGUCCGGGGAAGCAGUGCCAGCUCCGCACCUUCCUCACCUACUACAUCAACGAGCUGUUUCUGAACCAAGUGCGCACCGAGACCAAUAAAGACAUCGAAACCGUCACUAAAGUGGCCGAUCCUCUCAAAAUCCUGGCCAGCGCUGACACCAUGAAGAACCUGGGCGUCCAGAGACCUCUACUACAGAGCACCGUGAUCGUCGAGAAGUCCAUCCAGGACCUGAUGAGUCUCAUGCAGGACCUCAGUGCUUACUCUAACCAGUUCCUGGAGAUGAUCUGUGACAAGCUCAAAGAGUACAAGGAGAUCUGCAACACCGCCUACAGGAGUAUAGUGCAGUGUGAGGAAAAGCUGACCAUCAGUGCCUCCUGGGCCAAAGACGAGGACAUCAGCCGCCUGCUGCAGUCUCUACCCAACUGGGCCAACAUGACUCAACCCCGACAGCUGCGUCAGAAAAGAGAGGACGAGGAGGAUUUUACACGAGCGGCUUUUGCCAAGGAGUCCGAGGUGCUGACGGGGAACCUGGGAGACAAGCUGAUUCCUCAGAACGAGAUUCUUCGGGAUGUGAGUGACCUGAAGGCUCUGGCUAACCUGCAGGAGAGCAUGGAGUGGCUGGCCGUUUGCCUCAAAGGCUUCUUCUCCAGCCUGCCGCAGAGCUCCAGUGCCUCUCCAGGCUCGGACACACAGGCUAGCAGCGAGAGCGCGCGCAAUCGGGAGCACAUCCUUCAGACUCUCUCAGACCUGGCCAGAUCUUUUCAGGACAUCGCUGACCGCUGCCUGCUCGUGCUGCACCUGGAGGUCAGAGUGCACUGCUUCCACUAUCUCAUCCCCCUGGCCAAGCAGGGCAACUACGCCAUCGUGGCCAACGCCGCCAGCAUGGACUACGACCCCCUAGUAGUCAAGCUGAACAAAGACAUCAGCGCCAUCGAGGAGGUGAUGGGAGCCGCGCUGCAGCAGCACAAGUUCCAGUACAUCUUCGAGGGUCUUGGUCACCUGAUCUCCUGCAUCCUGAUCAACGGAGCUCAGUACUUCAAGCGCAUCAGUGAGUCUGGAAUUAAGAAGAUGUGCAGGAACAUAUUCGUGCUCCAGCAGAACCUUACCAACAUCACCAUGUCACGCGAGGCUGACCUGGACUUCGCUAGGCAGUACUAUGAGAUGUUGUACAACACAGCAGAUGAGUUGUUGAACCUGGUGGUGGAUCAGGGUGUGCGUUACAGCGAGCUGGAGUACAUCAACGCUCUGAGCCUCCUGCACCGCAGCCAGACGGGCGUGGGAGACCUGAGCGUCCAGAACAUACGCCUGCAGCGCCUCAAAGAGAUCAUCUGUGAGCAGGCCGCCAUCAAACAGGCCUCUAAGGACAAGAAGAUCACCACUGUGUAAACACACACACACACACACACACAAAUCUGUACAUGCCUACUCGCUUUUUCACUUAAUCGGCAACACUAGAAGAUUUUGCAUUGCGCACAUACUGUACACACACACACACACAAUUAGUCUUUAAUGAAAUAAUCCCUCGGAGCAGGUCUCACCACUCACAGCUACAUCUCAUGGAGUAAGCAGGUGGAAUCCGGACGCGUGACUCGAGGACACGGUCAUCUCAUUUUCCUGUAAUAUAAAAUCACUGCUCUCAUUUAAACAACACACACACACACACACACACACACACACGUGUCUGGUUGUGUCCACAAUCACACGCGGCAGAUUAGAGCACUGGAAUUAUUAUCUGAGAAUCCCUGCCAUGCCUCUUUUUUUUUACUUUUUUACUUUUCUUUGCAUUUCUUUAACACUAAGGUUUAUUUAGAAAGAUGGAUCGAUCGUUUCUUUAAAACUCUGACUCAGUGAAGUGUGUGUGAGUGAGACAGAGGGGGGGGGGAGCAAGAUAAAUAGGGGGAGAGAUAGACCGACUGAUAGAGGGGAGAGACAGAAAGAGGGGAGAGAGAGAGAGAUGGGGAGAGAGAGACAGAAAGAGAGAGGGGGGGAAGAAAGAGCGAGAUAAAUGGGAGAGAGAUAGACAGACUGAUAAAGGGGAGAGACAGAAAGAGGGAAGAGACAGAAUGAGGGGAGAGAGAGACAGAAAGAGGGGAGAUGGAGAGAGACAGAAAGAGGGGAGAGAGAGAGAGAUGGAGAGAGAGAGACAGAAAGAGAGAGGGGGGGAAGAAAGAGCGAGAUAAAUGGGAGAGAGAUAGACAGACUGAUAAAGGGGAGAGACAGAAAGAGGGAAGAGACAGAAUGAGGGGAGAGAGAGAGAGAUGGGGAGAGAGAGACAGAAAGAGGGGAGAUGGGGAGAGAGAGACAGAAAGAGAGAGGGGGGGAAGAAAGAGCGAGAUAAAUGGGAGAGAGAUAGACAGACUGAUAAAGGGGAGAGACAGAAAGAGGGAAGAGACAGAAUGAGGGGAGAGAGAGAGAGAUGGGGAGAGAGAGACAGAAAGAGAGAGGGGGGGAAGAAAGAGCGAGAUAAAUGGGAGAGAGAUAGACAGACUGAUAAAGGGGAGAGACAGAAAGAGGGAAGAGACAGAAUGAGGGGAGAGAGAGAGAGAUGGGGAGAGAGAGACAGAAAGAGAGAGGGGGGGAAGAAAGAGCGAGAUAAAUGGGAGAGAGAUAGACAGACUGAUAAAGGGGAGAGACAGAAAGAGGGAAGAGACAGAAUGAGGGGAGAGAGAGAGAGAUGGGGAGAGAGAGACAGAAAGAGGGGAGAUGGAGAGAGACAGAAAGAGGAAAGAGACAGAGAGACCGAAUGAGGGGAGAGAGUGAGACAGAAAAAUGGGAAGGAGAGAGAGAGAGAGAGAAAGAAAGAGAGACAGAAAGAGGGGGAGGAGAGAGAGACAAAGGGGAAGAAAAGAGAGAUAUCUCGAGUCUCCAACUGCAGCUAUUAAAUCUUUAAUUUUCCUCUUUUUCCUUAAGUCUUACUCACUUAGUCUGUCUCUCACUCACACACACACACACACACACAAAUCAUUCAUUCUUUCUGCCCCAUGGUGUUUUUAGUUCAUUAACUCGGAAGAAAAGUGCUUAACAAGAGAGGGAGAAAGAAAGCCCUGUCGAUACAGAAACACGGGCACCAGGCAACGCCGCUCCCCGAAGCCAGCGCAGCAAUACAUCAUUAUGACUCUGUGUCAGGAAUCAAUAACGGCCUCCGGGGGCCGGCGAGCGUAUUAACGUGGAGAAAACAUCUUUAAUAUUCCGACUUCAUUUGAAUGAUCGCGUGCGUACGGAGGGGAAGCGACGGGGAGGUUGCAGAAAUGUCACCGGAGUGAAGCUCCGUGGAGCGAGACUGUGUUUCUGAGAGCUACUUAAACCUGAUUCGCUCCACCUCAACAUCACGGGAUCAGACUCUUCAGUUACACUUCAUCACCAGGCCUGUUCAGCAGAAUUCCCCAAAAAAAACAACAUAUUUUGUAAUAUUUUGCCUUUUUUAAAAUCCUGUUUUUAUUCGUUCUGUUUGUUUUCCGCCGUUUUAAGGGUUAACGUCUUUCGCGCAGGGAUGUAAAAUGAUUAGCGACUGAUUUCUUUUGCUUCGAAUGUACCACAUUGUUACUCGACGUACUGAAAAUCCAAUGAAAUCUCCCUCAGUUUCAUUUCAAUUCUGUACAAUAAAGUCAAAACGGAAAUGGA